AUGCUCAAUAACCUGAUACAAAGUUUCAACGAAAGUGAAGAAAAUCUGAAUUCACAUCUCAUGAAACAUGCUAUCCCAGGUGAAAAGUGUCUUCGUAAGUGUAGCCUAAAUGAUCAAAAAGUUUGUUACUUUAAUUUUACAUUGAAAACGUAUCAAAUAUUGGGUGGGUCGUGUGGGGAAUGCUCUAAUGGAAUUGCUGAUGACUGUUUCAAUGAAAGAUGUGUUAUCGCUGACGGGAUAGGUCGAAGCUACUUAUCUCUAAACUUUGAAUUGCCAGCCCCUAAAAUUGAAGUUUGUAAAAGUGACAUAUUAGUAAUUGAUCUUCACAACGAUGCUGAAGGGUUAAGUACUUCGCUUCAUUGGCAUGGGAUGAGACAGUUCGGAACUCAGUUUAUGGAUGGCGUUCCUUAUCUUACACAAUGCCCAAUUCCUUAUGGGGAAUCCUUUCGUUACAGUUUCUAUGCGUUGGAUGAAGGAACACAUUUCUAUCAUUCUCACGCAGGCAACCAAAAAGCUGAUGGUGUUUAUGGUGCAUUGAUAGUGAGAAGUGUAAACAGUGACAAUCCAAAUAUUCAAACCUACGAUUAUGAUCUAUCUGAACAUACAAUCUUGAUGGCUGACUGGAUGCAUGCAUUGUCGGAGGAUCACAUGCCCGGACUUACGCGACGAUCGAGUUUAUCUCAAAUUUUUUUAUGUACUCAUUCUUAUCAGCAAUCAACAAACUCAUCAAGUUUUGCACCACUGAUGAUCUUUCAUGUGGAAGCUGACAAGAAAUAUCGUUUUCGACUCAUAAAUGCUGGUUUAAACGUUUGUCCAUUCUUAUUACAAAUAGAAGAUCAUAAUAUGACAAUAAUAGCAACUGAAGUUAGUUAUGUUAAGCCACAAGUCAUAAACUCACUUUAUUUCAUGUCUGGCGAACGAUAUGAUUUUGUAAUCAAUACACACCAUCGACCGUUGCGAGAUUACUGGAUAAGAUUCCGACAAUUGAAUCCCUGUGUUCAAGAACUUGAGGGUUUUGCAAUUUUAAGAUAUCACAAAAAUAAUAAACUCCUUGAUAAACUCAAUAAAAAACAAAGUGUGGAGUUUAAUGAUCGGAUUCCACCAGGAUAUAAUGAAGAAUAUCCAAAUGGAACACUUUUGAAUUCUCCUCUACCUGGCAAAAAGUAUAUGCCAAUCACACAUUUGGACGAUUAUCGACUUGAUGACAAGAUUUCCGAAGGAGCUGCCGAUAAAACUAAUUUCAUAUUUUUUGACACUCCUGGAAUUCCAAAUAGUUUUCUUUACACAAAUCCCAUGUUGAAAAAGUAUAUGUUCACAACAUCAGGUAAUGGAAUGAGCUUUAUUGGAAGUGCCAAUAACAUAUCGUUUGCUUACCCAUCUUUUCCACUUCUUCUUGAACCUAAUCGUGUACAUGAUGAAUUUUUUUGUGACGAAAAAAGCAUCAAAAAUGAAAGUUGUUUCCAAUACGACACCAAAACUAUUUGUCGCUGCAUUCACAGAAUCAAAUUCAAACUCAAUUCUAUAGCUGAAUUAAUAGUAGUGAACAUAUAUGACAAAAUAACUCAUCCAAUUCAUCUCCAUGGACAUAAGUUUCAUAUAAUGGAUUCGGGUUUAUUACGAGAAAAUAUCACAGAGGAAGACGUAAGAAAUGGCGCAAUUCCAUUAAAAAAUAAAUAUAAAAGACCACCCUAUAAAGAUACUGUUGUAUUGCCUUAUCCUGGAUAUGUUCGGCUACGAUUUAGGGCAAACAAUCCUGGUUAUUGGUUAUUACACUGUCAUUUUGACUGGCAUUUGGUCAUUGGUAUGGCAUUGAUGAUUCAAGUUGGUGAAAUCACAGAUAUGAGACAACCGCCUGAAAAUUUUCCAAGAUGUCACAACUAUAUGCCUGAUGGAAUUGUAUAA